AUGAGGCACAACGUGGCCCUGCAUGGGCAAGAAUAUCCGAGGCGUCCUCUCUACACCAACCAUCACCAGGCAUUGGUCGAAGAUGGCCUUCAGACCCCUCGCUUUCCACAGCCGCCACUUCCCAGCCUCCCCUCUCACUCAUCUGCUUCGCCCUACGUUCCUUCUCCCUCCUCCACUUCGUCUCAUCAUUCGUCACGGCGCGGUAAUUCUUCCACAUCCUCCUCAUCUCGUAAACGAUCGCGAGAAGAAGCAUCGAGGGCGGCUCCGAUCCCAGGCGUUGCGAAGCCGCUCGUGCUGAACGACCGUGCAGAUGAGGAGCGAGCAGCCGAGAAAGAGAACUCGCGACAUGGUGCAAACGCGCCAGCAUCGGAGGAUAGCAUGUCGAGGAACGAAAAGGAGAAGGAACAAGAGAAAGGAGGGGAAGAAGAGGAAGAAAAGGACGAAUGCUGCAUCUGCCUGGGUGAGAUAGGCGAGGUCAUGGGCUGCCUGACGUGUUGUGAGCACAAGUUUUGCUUUGGCUGCAUCUCGCAAUGGGCCGAGAAAAGCAACACCUGCCCUCUUUGCAAACAGAGGUUUCGCGAAAUCAUCAGGAAGACGGUACCCUCCCUUCAAGGAUUCUCUUCAAGUGUUCUUCAUUUGAGUUACAAAACACACAUAAAUAAAUAA